UACUUGAAGUCAUGAAGCCUUUUUUGGUAACUUUGGCUGUGCUGCUGCUCUUCUUCCAAGUCACUGCAGUAGGCAGCAUUGAAAAAUGUUGGAAUUUUCGUGGCUCCUGCCGUGACGAAUGCCUGAAGAACGAAAAGGUCUAUGUUUUCUGCAUGAGUGGUAAAUUGUGCUGUUUGAAGCCCAAGGACCAACCACAUUUACCACAGCGUACAAAGAAUUAG